CGCCGACCAACCGUCGCCGCAGUCUUCUCUUCCGCUGUCUGCCUGCGCCGCACAUCGGUUCGGUUUUUCCGGAGGACACUACACAGGACGGCUACCGCUGCUGCUCGUUCAACCGAUCCGCCCGCAGACAACCGCACGUCUUCUUCGCCACCGUCAUGGAUAUGUCGGUGCUAUGGUAAAUCCUACGUAAUUUCACCUUAGAUUUUUACGAUAUUCAAAUGGAAUUCACACUGAAACCAGACGAUUUUUUACUUUUUGAAAAUUCUCAAUCUGCGUACGAAUAAGUCAAACUUAUAAAAUAAAUUAUUUUUUUCUCCCACUUACGCCGGAAUCGUCGUUUCCCGUACCUCUAAUUUCCAUUAUAAUUAUUAUUAUUAUUAUGUGUUGCGAAAAAACACUUGCAAUUUGUUCACUCUACCAGAGGUUUUUAGACACUGUGCUAAAAAAAUAUUCAUGUUUCUUUUCGGAUUUAUAACUCGGUAUUUAAUCCCGUAAGGUUGACUGACGAGUACCUAAAAGUUUUUAUAGAAAAUAAAUUUGAACUUUUACAAAUUAAUGUUCGCGGAGAUCAAUUUUUCAUCAAUUAAUCAUGCUAAUUUGUUUAUUCGAACAAUGUAAAUUGGUUCUCACACAUUGUAUUACUGUAAUUUGUAUUCGAACGAGGUAUCGUUUAAUCUCCAAAAAUGAAUUAUCGGAUAAAAAACCACCGGGGUAAUGUAUAUAAUUCACCUUACCCAAUGAAUUAACAAUAUGUCUAACUGUUUCUAAAAUAGAAAUCUCUGACCUUUCGAAAUAUCCAAACAAUAUUUGAUAAUUUUUCUUUUAUUUUACGUUGAUUUUAUACAUUUGAUUACCUAUAUAAUUAAUAUACGAGCGUCGACUACGGUCAAUAUUUGACAAACUCAAUUUUUAUACUUUAAAAUUUACAAAUUUCACAAAUUCGAUAGCCCUACUAAACUCUAUAAUACUUUUAUGUUAUAAUAAACAAUAUUUGUAUUAUUUUCCAAGCUCCACCGUGGAUAUCUUUGGACUUUUAAAUAUCUUCGCUCUUUGUCAACGGCCAUAUUUUAUAAUUAAAUAUUAGAAAUAUUAGAAACAUAUUUUACCUUCAUUAUAAUAACCCAUGAUUUAAAAAAUUUAUUUAGAGAUUCAUUAAACGUUUUAACCGCAGCGAAUACUCAACGCGUGUUUUGAUUAUUUUUCGUCUCCAAACAUAAUUUCGUUCACUCGGAAAAUCAUCUGAAGUUAAACUUCGAACAAAAUGUAACGCGUAACGGUAAUUUUCCCGAACGGUUAUUUAUGAUUAUUCCAUCCGACCAGAUGAUCUCAAAACCGUUUUGAUCUAUUCAAUUUCCCGUAAUUAUUGGUUUUUGAUUCCUUGCAGAAUAAUAUAGGACAAAUGAAUUUCACUUAUGGUCAUAUUAUAUUACAGCGAAGAAAUUUGGUUUUUCUCGGUUAUUUAUACACUGGAACAAAAACGUUAACAGAUGAAUUUAAACAGACGAUUUACGACGUGAUCACCGUUUAUUGCACAUAAAUGGCGAUCCAAUACGGCAAUGCAAUAUGAAUACGAUAUUACAUUUUCAACGUAUUGUGUGUUCUUCUUAUGAAUGAAAACUCGUCGUUUCGUAUUGAAAUAUCGUUUCAUUUAUAAUAGUAUAAUAUACAGGUACCUACGAAUAGUCAUUCGAAAUAAUAUUUCUAUAUAUGACGAGGUUUAUUUUUUUUUAACAAUUUUUUAUUGUAUUAGAAAAUAGUAUAUUUUCCUUCGUAUUACAAUAAUAAUAUCACAAUAGUGAUGUCGUGUAUAGUUUUCUUUUAUUCCGAACGGUUUUGCCGUGCUCAAACAAAUACUAUAAGGCGAUAAUAUUCGUCGAUCUUCCACGCGUAUCUAUAUCGGUUUUAGAAAUCUGCAUGUUUUACAGACCCGUCGUUUUUGUUCGCCGGAAAUAGUGGAAAUUCGCGAUAUGUUAAUGAAAAAUAAAAAAAAUUGGAAAAGGACGUUUGUCUCGUUUCAAUACUAUAUUAAAACGCAUAAAUACGCAUCAGCUGCGUUUAUUAACUGUGGUGGAGUAACGCGCGUGAGACCAAUUAAUUAGACAUGUAGGUUUGUUCGUUGGUAUUUAUUCGUCUUGGCCGUUUGACGACCGUCGCAGGGAAAUUCGCAUUGCCCACGAUGAUAGUGUACAGCCGAUGUAACCGAUUUUCCAUAAUAACAAUAGCGACAUAUUUUCGUACAUAAGCCCGAGCGCAUUUACAGACCCUGUUCGAGUUCGAAAGGCUCGAAACGGUAUGCUAAUACACGUCGUGGUUUCACGUUGACUGAAGCCUAGGGUUUUGGUUUACGCUUAGGACUUUCUUAUCGGGCGUUAUCAGGUUCGGACCAACAAGCAGGUUAUGUUUUGGAAAAUUCCGAAAACUUCUCGCAACUCUUGAAAUCAACUCGGUUGAGUUUCCGCUUGAGCCCAAGGGUGUCUGAAAAGGCGACCCGCGCGCGUGGUUUUGUACAUAUCGACUAGCUGUGCCGCUCGGCGUUGCCUGUGCCAAAAGGAACAAUAGACGAAUUAUCAUUAUGCUAUUAAAUUCCUUACGCGGACUACCUUGUUAUUUAAUUUUUUCCUCUGUAUCGUCUAGGUAACUCGUAAACCAACAAUAAUAGUUAAAUUUCCGUUCGUAAAAUACCAAAAACCUUGAAUCAGUCCUCCCUUUAGGAGUCGAAUACAGCGGGGGGAGGGGAUAUAGUCUAUAUGUUAUUCCUGGUCAAUAACUGCCUUUAUGCAAAGUUUCGGUUCAUUCCGUUCAGCAGUUUAAUAUUUUCUGUACAUCUAACCAAACUUUUAUAAGACUAUUAGGAUAUAUAUUCUGGCUAUUUUGAUCAAUGGAUAAUGCCGACCGCUAUUAGUUCUUGAUAUUUGAGUAAAUCGAAAAAUAAAAGUUAACUGUUACCAAACUCAAAAGGUAAGAACAUUAUCUAUAUACAAAUAUAGGGUUUUUAUGUUUAAGCGAGAUACGAUGCUUUUUAAAUAGUUGCAGUAAUAUUCCACAUACAUUGUCGUGUCUUGCUUAAAAAUUCAAAUAUUAAAGAAAACAAAACCAACGUACAAACGCAGAAAAUAUUCGUAGCUUUAAGUUUGACAAUCGGCCAUUUCGCUCUAAUAUCCAAAACUAACGGCACAAAAUCGGCCGUACUGUACGAAAAGUCGACAUUAUCCAAUUUCCAACGUUAGCCGUUACGUAUGUAUUACAAUAGAACGAACGGGACAAAAACAUUUUUUUUUUUCGUUUUCGGCAUAAUAAUAAAACAAUAAUCUAAUAAUGAGUUAUUGAUUUCCGCCCGGGACUUGCAUUACACCGGGGUAUUGGCCUAGUGAACUCGGUUCGUCUGACGGUAGGCACGGUAAUCGCGUCGUCUUCGUUAUCGGAAUUCCCGCGCGCCGUACACGGCAAGACUCCGCGGGAAUCACGUGGUGUGCAGUGGCAACGACAGACAUAAUGACGAUUUACAUAAAAACAUAUAGUUGAUUAAUUAUUGUAUUAUAUGGGUGGAUAGGUACGGCCGCGAAAUGUAGACAAAAGGCGUGUCUAAAACAAUAUCCGAAUUAUUAUAAAUAUUUGCGCCUCGUCACUCGGAAAAAAAAAAAAUAAAUAAAUAAAACGGCGUACCCACCUACCGUACAGUCGUUAGGUGUUAUUAAAAUAUCUCAGUCUCUCUUGUGUUCGUCUCCGUCGUCGUCGGCUGCCUAUUUGCUUACCUACUUACUGACUUGCUUGUCUUAAUAAAGGAGGUAGUAGACGAGGUCGUUGUAUUAAAUAUCCAAAGACCCGGCGGUGGCAAAAGUCGACCAGAAACAAAUCAGACCAUGUAAACGCCGCCGUGUGUUGCCAUAAUUGUUUACAAUUUUUGACGAUUCGGUUUUUGACCGAUGUGAUUAGCUCGCGGUUCGUUUUGCGUAAUAAUUACACGGAUUUUCACACACGUUAUUUUUUUUUUCACUACGCGACUUAAUACCUAUCAUAUGGUAUAGGUACCUGCUUGGCGAAAUAAAUUGUCGCAAUGUGCCACUGAAAUAAGGUCACGAUUAUUUGCGAUUUUCAUAUUUUCGUCGACUACGAGUUAGUAAUUUUGUCCCGCCUACCUUCUUAUCACAGUUAAAAAUAAUAUCCGUUAAAUAUCCCUUAUUGCAUUGAACUUGUACCUACACCAGAUUUCCGAAUGCUGCAAUUUGGCCAUUAAUCAAAAUGUGGCUAAUUGUCUAAAACAAAUUAAUUUAGUGUUGGAAAAACUAUGUCAUGUAUAUAUAUAUAUAUUGAAAUGCAUUAAAGUCACAACUGAAAAAUUAGUAAUUUUUGUUCUUUUAAAUUGUAAUAGUACAAUAUUAUUAUACAAAAAGGUGAAGAUAUUUUGGAAGAAAAACAAAAAUCAUAAUUAUAUCCUAGUCUUUCAAAUUGAUUGCCUGAACGAUUAUUUUUUAAUUUUUUGAGUCGUGGACUUGUGACCUUAUUGUUCUCACAGUGCGAAUUAUUAUAUUAUGAAGACGACGAGCGAAAACUGUCUAUGUAAAACGAAACGCGUCGCGAGAGUGUUCGUGACCAAGACGUUUAAAGAGGACACUUCGGGAUUGGUCUAAUAAUGAAAAUACAUAUGGCGAUAUUGUGAAAGAAAAGACCGAUGCGAUAGAAUGAGAGUACAAGGGUGGAGAGAAGCAGUUCGGGAUCGGCAGAUAAGACGGGUCGAAAGGGAUUGAGAUGGUAGCAGACCAAAAACUCUUGGAGAGUAUUUGAUGACGGAUAGAGAAGAAGAAGAAAGGCAUUUAAACACGAAAUUCAAUUGUGUAGUAUAUGCAGAAAUCAUUUGAAAAUGUGUCUUUUUAUUGAAAGGUCCGUCUUGAAUGGGUUUUAUACUGGUAUCAUGACGUCAUGACAAUGUUCCACGGUUUCGAGUGUCCCGUGAGAGUUUGACAGAAAAUGAUAUGUAAAAAAACCUUAUUGAUAUUUUGGUAGAUUCCCACGCGUGUGAUCUGGUGCGAGUUUGCGAAUUAACCGUGUAUAUUUAUUAAUAAUAAAUAAUACACUUUCUAUUCGUCUGGAUCGCCGACAGUCGGUCUUAUCUGCGAUUCGUAUUUAAAAAAAAAAAUUAUAAAAAUUCACCGUCAUGUAAACGUUUUAUUUUCCGUGAAAAUCUGUAAUACUCGGCGGGCAUUGUGGAGGAAAAGUGAACGCACGCAUAUUUUAGGAUUCCUUUUUUUUUUUUUUUCGUAUAUCAGACAUAUUUUUUUCCUCAUUGAAUAGAUUAUGCACGAGCACACUGUAUAUCAUCAUCGUCAUCAUCAUUAUAACAUUGUAAUCGAUUCUUUAGAUUAGAGAUUCCAGGCCUUUUUUUUUUUUUUUUGUGGGUCAGAUUUCAUUAUUAUUAGAAUGUUUUCAACACGUCUCGCGCACGUCAUCAAAAAAACGUCUAUUAGUUUUGUCGAAACGAUUAAAAAGAAAAAAAAAAUCUAUUUAAUAAAAUCGUCCCGUAGGUACAGUAAUUGUUGAAAAUUUACUACAAGAAAUUCGAAUAAAACGAUUUUCACGUUAGUUUUUUGCAUCCCUUCGCCAUCUAGAAAUUAUAUACGAGCAUAUUCAAACUACCGCUUCAAUUCAAUUACACUUUUAAUUAUUUUUAACCAUAUCAGAGAAUUGUACCGAACUAGUAGCGAGGGGGUCAAACAUUGUUGGAAAAAGAUAGCGUAUGACCGUCUUUCAUACCUUUUAAUAGCGAGAGAGGUAGGGAGAAAAUGACAACAUUUUCAUACGACAAAGGGAAGACAAUGUUGUUUGAUGAAAUGACGGACGCAUACUGGUCGCCUCCCGAAGUCUAAAGGUUCGAUAAUUUCAAUACGAUUCGUCUCCCGGCGUACCCUAUACUUUAUCGUAAACGAAAUUGGUCUACUGUUAGUCACCUCCCAACAGGCAGGUAAUAAAUAUAUAAGUGGUUCAUAAACAAUUCAACAAUUUUCAAACAUCAUGCAUCAAUCUAUAGAUUUUGUUUAAAUCUUUUAUCGUGCAAUAAUAUUAUGUCGGUUGUUACUUAUUAGUUAUUAGUAUUAAUAUUUACUGUAAAUAUUAGGUAUAUUAAAUUUGAUAAUUUUGAUAACAAUAUAUUUAUUAUUUAAAAUUUAUUACCGUAUUGUGGUUUUUUUAUUGGCUUAUUGUAUUACCAAAUGUUUUUUAUUGACCGACGAUACUAUUAUUUUUAUUUAUAAAUGUUAUAUUAAAUUCAGUUUAUUUUACGAACCACUGCUUUAUUCUGCAUGGGAGGCAAUACUAAUGUGAACAUUAGUAUGUACCUUACUACGUAGGUAUGUGAACCUUUUUAUUUACGAUAAGGACGGGAGGCAAGUCGUACAUUUUGGGAGGCACCAUUCGUAUGCACCGAAAAUGACAGUACGGGUAUUCGAGUCCUGUACCGUAUUUUAUGCGCUCCGUCAUUUUAACAUGAACACUUUAGACAAACGUUACUUAAUUAUUAUAAAUAAGUAGACGUCCAUUUAUUUAAACACUAAUUUAUUUCAUUAUUGAAACGCACAACGCGAGCUCGUUCUAACGAUACAGGGACGACAAAUACGGGCGCCGGACAACAGCCGGCGCUACACCGUAAUACACUCAGCUAUUGGCUAUGUUCAUCUCAUAAAAAAAAAAUAAUAAUAAUAAUAAAAUGUCCGACCAAAAGUGUUUUUAACAAAUACACAACGUUUCGCGCAACCAGGAUUUUUUAAAGAAUGGCUUCAUGUGUCCACAUUAAAAUAAUGCAAUGGCACUCAAAACGCUCCCGCCCCACCAAGUCACGCCACUGCAGGGUCCGCGUUUAAAACGGCUAAAAGUGUGUUAUUCAAUUUAUUCGUCACGUGGUUUUAAUACCGUCGGUUAUCGUACGACCUGUCUAUAUAUUAAAAUUUAAUCAAAUCUAAAAUACGACACGGCCGGCAUUGUAUAUUGAAUACGAAUGCAUCUAAAAAAAAUUAAAAAAAAAACAGUAUUUCGCGCGAUUAGAAUCCAAUCGAUCUUCACACGAAUAAUAAUAAUGUUAUUCGUCUAUUUGAAAAUACACUCUGUGAAAAAAAAAUUCUAUCAUUACCUAUCUCAACGAAUAUGCUUGCGUGCACAAUACGUAUUUUAAUCGAGUACACAAAUCCGAAAAGCAAAACGUGAAAUUCGAAUAUUUCAGAACGAAAAAAAAAAAUUAAAAUAGUGUAUAAAUAAUACGCGCUGUAUUAAAGUAAUAGAACAACGACAACAAAAAAACCUAUCUGCUUUUUUUUUUUUUUGUAAUUUAACACGUGAAUUGCAUAAAUUUCGUCAUAUACACACACAAUAUUUCGGUUUUUCAAAUCCCAUGUAGGUCAGUCGAGAAUAUUUUUCGCACAAUCAUAUUACACAUUAUUAUUUUAUGAUGAAUAUUUAAAUCGUACAUCGCGUAAAAUAACAUAAUAUUCCAGGUUGUCUGUACCUGUACUUACGUUUAUGGAGUGAACGCUGGGCGUAUAUAACACUGUGGAAAGACCGGAGGAAAUAGAAUUGUAUAUAAUUUACAAAAAAAAAAAAAAACAUCGAUUUAUACGUUUUGUACCUAUAGAAAUAAUAACGAAACCCGCGCAAUUUUAAACGAAAUUAAAAAUAAAUAAAAAAAACCCGUUAAAAUCCGAUUAAUUUUUUUCCGAUACGCAAUACAAUAUUACGAACAACUGGUUCGGCGACGCGUCGGUUCGUUUUUGUUUCGUAUUUUUCUUUUUGUCGAAUUUCGAUCGAUACUUCUCGGUUCCCGCGACCGGGGCGAUAGUCACCAUAGGUUUGACAAUGAUGCGCGUUUUUUUUCGUCCGCCGCGUUUCGUUUCCGGAAAACGCAUUUUCGGAACAGUGGAUUUGGCGGCGAUAUUGUAUUAAUAUUAUGACGGCGGUAAAAAGUUCCUCGGAAAAUCUCGCGCGCACAGACGAUACGUCUCGAAAGUGGCGUUUUUCGCAAAUCGUUUGUAAAUUUUGCAUUACAAUUCUCCCCCCCCCCCACGCCCCCGUACAAAUGCAAUGAAAAAGCGACUGCGAGAACCGCAGUGGCCGGCACUACGAACUAUUAUUAUACUGUUGUUGUGAUGAUAACACAGGAUUUUUGUUUUUUUGUUUCCGUCGAACAGGUUAACGUUAUUGGGCUGUACGAUGUGCUGCACGGCAGUGAUAUCGGAAGCGCCGCCGCCCGCAACGUCGGUGACCGAAAUGUCCGGUUUCCGGAUGCUGUUCAACGCGUACCGGCAAUGUUCGGACCAACAGGAAAUGGUCGUGUGCCUGAAAGGCCGGGCGCUGCGGAUGCUGGACAGAGCCAUACAGAUGGAAAACAUUCAGAUUGCCGACGGUAAGCACCAGACCCGGAAAAUCCCGAACGAUAUGAACUAUUAAACGAUAACUCUCAUAGUAUUUUGUACAAUAAUAUUCUCCUCCGUCUCAUUAAAGGCCGUGCCUUGUCACCGAAAACCUGUAACCCCGAUCUUCACUGGUCGUAGCCGAGCUCUGCAUACCGGACGCAAUUCACUUUUCCGCGAUUUCCUCGAUAAACGUCCUCCCGAGUGUUCGUCUUCCUUUAUCCCCGUAUUUCAGAUAUGCUCGACAAGAACGAAUAUUAUUGUACAUUAACGUGCUACUGGACGUAGCCCGCACUUUUAACUCACGGAAACCUUUUUUCCCGUUUCCUAUUUGGUUCAAUGCCGAUUUAAAGUAACAUGACCCAACCUAGCCCGACCUCGAUGGUACUCGGUGAAGUUUCUGACGGAGCUAAGUACGUCCGAGAUCUCAAUUAUUCACUCAGAUUCGAUAUUCGGACGUGGGGUUUUUUUUAUGGCGUUUUCUUUCGCACCCAGCUAGAGUCCCCGGAUUCAAAAACCACGACCGUUUUCGAGACGACUUGAUUUCGGUCUAUCCGAGAGUAUAAUACAUAUAUAUAUAUGUAUACAUUUCAUUCAAACCUAAAAUCGGUUAAACGAUUGACGUUUCUCUUUUUUUAAGCUCUACGUAUUACGUCACUUAAUGCUUUACGAAAGACCUUCUAUAAAGGUCUAUCCCUUCUGGGUUUCCAUAAUGCCUGCUUUAUUUGUUUAUUGCCGUUCAAGUGGUUCAAGCGUAUUCGUGUAUUCAAACGGUAUUCUCUGCAUAAAAUGCUCAAUCCACCGAAAUCCGGGUCUGAGGUCUUUCGAAUAAACUAUUAUACUCUUUUUGUCCGCGAGAACUCGGAGCUCUCUCCAAAACCGCGUUACAAAGGCUUCGGCGUUUGGCUUUCUCGGUCUUAACAACCGAUAAUAACAUUAUUGAUUUCUAUUAAUUAUUGUUUUCUCUUCUUUACCCGUCUUUGACGUUUUACAUUUUUGACGCUAUACAUUAUAAAUAUAAUGUAGGUAUCCUAUUACAGCGAUAAUAUAAUACCCGUGUUUAGUCAUUGUUUCAAAAAUUCUAAAAUAGAAAAAAAAAAAAAAAAUUAAAAAAAAACCGUUUCGUUCUUCUUGACGGAAAAAAAUAAUAAUAAAAUGACCGCACACACAUUAUACACAUUGUUUUCCGGCCCGUCAUUUUACUUUUAUAUUUUCCUUUCUAAUUAUAAUUUCAACGAGAAUACCGCACUGCCCGUACCUGCGCGUUAUUCGAUUUCAUGCGUAUUAAAGUUUUGAAAAAUUUUCACUUUUAUUCGCGUAACUCGUCUCUUGUUUUUUCCCCCCCUCCCCCUCGACGUACAACACGGUCGAAUACCGAAGAUACGUAUUAUUUUUUUUUUUAUUUUUUUUUUCGCCUUAUGGCGAAUGCGCGAUAGAAAAUAAUCGCAAUUCGAACGCGGCGAAGACGUGCGCAUUGUUUGUCGGCGUACCACUAAAACUGUUACGAUACACCGCCGCAACGAUAAUAUUAUCGCGUGCAUUUUAACGGCGGACGGAACGAAAUCAAGGUCGAUUCCCGCUGCAGUACGUUCGCGCGUUAACGCUGCGCGGCGCUCGUUCCGCGGCUCUCGGCACGCCGGAUACAUCGUGUUUCUUGUCGCAGGCGUAUCGCUGGUGAAAAGACCGGAGGGCAACAGCGGCAGGUCGCUGGAAGCGGACAACGGCGCCGGCAACGCCGACCGCGCCAGCAACGGCGAGGCGGCCGAAAACGCGAUACCCGAGAACUCGGCCGACUUCGGCAAACACGUGGACUCGAUGUUGUACGAAAAACUGUCCCGGUUCGCCCGGUCCAGGUCGCUACAGCUGUCCAUGCCGCAGAUGUCCGACGAGGGCAGGGACCUCGACGACGGCGUGUACCUGACCGGUGAGUGACGCGGUCUCGCGACAACACUUUCGCGCACUGAAUACCCGUCCGUCCCUGAAUCCGCGGGUUCAUUGCGAUCUCGGCGAGACUUUCGUUUCCGCCCGACGUACGAAACAAGAGCGCGGUCGCUUUUAGCUCUUCAUCUCGAAUUCGACGCCCGGCGGUGGGGGAGGAGGAGGGGGCUUCCCUCGGUAAUUUCCGAAAGAAAAUCGAAUUUUCAUCGUCGGUUUUACGCACGUUGGCGACACGGACGGAAAAAAACCGUACGGCUGUUGUUAUUCGAUUUGGUGUUCGGAGACAAUUCGUUCGGGGACGGGGAUGGGGUUUAAAACACGAAUCGCCGGGAAACCGCGAUUGACCGCGCGAUACCCACAGGGAUAAGGGCGGGGACGGCGAGACGCAUUAAAUCGAAUUUCUUUCGUUUAUUUCUAUUUCCGAACGUUCAGUCAGAAGUCGGGCGCUUGAUUUUCGGACUUUCGCUUCCACACUCGUCUCACCUGCUAUUUCGUCUUGUAUAUUAACCGCGCGAAUUUCGCAGGACGUAAGAAGAAAAAGGACAAGGGCGGCCACGUGUACCUGAUGAUGCUCAAGGGCGGACUACUGGCCAUGGCGUACAAGGGACUGGCCCUGUUGGCCGGCAAGGCUCUGCUGGUGAGCAAGAUCGCGCUGACGCUGGCCCUGCUGGUGGCGUUCAAGAAGCUGUUCAGCGGCGGCGGCGGACACGGCGGUUCGUCCAAGACCACGUACGAGAUCGUCAAGCAACCGGUGCUGACGCACUCGCACCAGUACGCGGCGCCCGGCGCCGCCGACACGUUCGGCAGCUACGACAACAGCGGCCCGUACGCCCGGAGCAUCGCGCAGCCGGACGUGGUGCCGUACCCGCAGCUAGCCGCGUACCGGGCCCACGUCAAGGGCGCCAACGGCGCGGGCGGUCCCGUGCAGAUGAUGUCGUCGGCGGCCGGUUCGUCGCCGUCCGUCGUCAUGUCCGGCGUCGUGCAGCACGAUUCCAACCUGAGGGACGAGGCGCUCUGAAUCCAACGUCGCCGCAACCAUCGAUGACGUCCCGUAACAGCAGUGGCGAGACGAACAGCCGCCGACCGUAUUAUAAUACAUCAUUAUCAUUAUCAUUACUGUUAUCAUUAUAAUCGCGACAUCGGUGUGCGGCCGAAGACGCCAGUCGUUAUAUUAUGGUCAACGGCGUCGCCCGGCCCCGUUCCGUUCACAACGAGACUACAAUAUUAUUUAUUAUUAUUAUUAUUAUUAUUAUUAUUAUUAUUAUAUCAUGUCUGAUGUAUCGAUACGAGUCGUAUUUUAUCAUAGUUGAUUAUACCUUUACAAUAUUUAAUAUCAUUGUUUUAAUAUUAGAGAUUAUUUAUUAUUUAUUUAUUGCUAUAUUUUAUUGUAAUCAUUAUCGUAUGACAUUAUACAAUUUUUUUUUCUUUUUGCUUGAACACGAAAAACUGAUUGCGCUCAAAUUUGUAUCUCGCGACUCGAUUAUUUAACCGAAACAAUUAUUAUUUAUAAUGCGAAUAAAAAGAAAAUACUAUCGUUUUCAACGCAAAGGCCGACAUUUUUCGUUUCGAUAACAUCAUAUUAUUAUGGUGUCCGGUUAUUACGCCCUGGCUGUGCAAUACAAAUGCCUGCAGUAGUCGAAAACAAUUCGUCCGCGAGUAGUGCAACGGCGUGCAACAGCUUUUUAUCACGGGGUUUAAACAACAUGUUAUUAUAUUGAUAGUGUUAAAUACAAUCAAUGCAAAUUUAAUCAUUUUAGGAGUUAUCGGGUCUGUAAUACGGAGAGAUUUCUUUUAACGAUCGUACAACUCAAAUCAAACCGUGUUACUUUAUCCAUCUUAAUUCUCCUCCCCCUCCCACUACACAUUUGUUUGUAUUUAUUGAAAUUUUUUGGUAUUGAAAACCGUGUAGUACAAAAUAUAUUGUCAUUUGUAUUGCAUACUUCUUAAUGUCCAACACAUAUAUUCCCAGCCAGCUCGUGAAAAUGCGAUUUCUAAAACAUACGAUUUAAAUAUUUUGUAUUAAAACCUCAAAAUCACGACUAAUACGAGUACGUACCUAAAUACAAAUUAUCAAUAGUGCUUACAUAUUUGCCAAAGCUUAAAUAAAUUGUAAAAUAUUAUUACAUUGCCUUCUUUAAAUAUUAUUUAUACACAGGAGAGAAAUUAUACCCGUUAACUAACCUUAGUUAGGUUAUACUUAACCUAACCUUAACCGUCACCUUGAAAAUGUGGUCCGGCCUGUUUUUGACCGGACCCGAACCCCUCGGCCGGUGCCACUGAAAUAUCUCACACAACAUUUACUGUUUAUUCUUCUAUAUUCCGACCCGUGAUGAGAACUUCGCCAAAAACGCAUUCUUCUCUAGAGCAAUGUCCUUAAUAUGAAAUUAUCACCCCAAAUUUGAUUAUUUCCAUCGCCCUUUAAUUAUUAUUACUAAAUUCCCAAUAAAUGAUUAAUCUCACACAACAUUUACUGUUUAUUAUACCUACACUACUGUUAAAUGUUACAAUAUGCAUAUAGGUACAUUGUCCUAUCCGUUUUUCAAUUUACACUAUCAAUUAAUGUAUCUGGACAUGCGCCCGUCUUUAUGUAUUUACGAAUAAACUGUUGUUAAUAUUAAUAUUAUUAUGUCCGAUGCGGAAAAUUUCAUAAUGCCCAUUAUGUUAAUAUCCAAGAACAUUAAAGAUUCGGGAAUAUCAAGUUCCAAAUUUUAGAUAUUAAA